AUGUCCAUCGAUCAAUUAGCUGCAGACGAGGCUUUGGCAAGGAAAUUAUUUGAAGAGGAACUCAAAGAAGAAGAAAGGCUCAGAAAGUUACAGGAAGAAAAUGACGCAGCGAUAGCACAGCAACUCUCAGAGGAGUCUGAGCACCAACAGAUGGAUAACAACAACAACAGGUUGUUGACGGACGAGUUGCUCGCCAAAGAACUUGUAGCUGCGGAAGAGGCUGCGAUGGCUCAACGUUUAGUAACAGUAGGCGAUGAAGGCAAUUUGCUUGGAAAUAAUUUGCAAUGGAACCAUUUAUUGAAUGAACAAGUAAAGAACCAACAACAACCAAAGUCUGUCACAAACGGGAUCCUUGAAUUGACGUCUCGAGCAAUAACGGAUGACGAAAAGAGAAUGUUGACGCAGAUUAUCAUCAAUGAAACCUACACUGACCUUCAUGAGAUGUUUAAGUUGUUCAAUCAAAUUUAUUUCGACCAUCAGCUAGACAUGGUAGAGGUGAAAUGGUCAAAGAGGAUGACACUUUGUGCAGGCACCUGCGCCUUUCGUAAUGGCGGGCAUUGUAUUAUUACACUCUCUGAGCCUUUAUUAAAAUUUCGAUCAAAAAAAGAACUGGUAGAGACAUUAUUGCAUGAAAUGAUUCAUGCUCUACUGUUUGUCACUAGUAGAAAUACGGACAGAGAUGGCCACGGUCUUCCCUUUCUAACUGAAGCAGAUCGAAUUAAUAAAAUAGGCAAUGUCAAAAUUACCGUUUAUCACAACUUCCAUGAUGAGGUGGAGCAUUAUCAAAAACAUGUUUGGCGAUGUAACGGUAUUUGUCAGGACAGGCCACCCUACUUUGGUAUUGUUAAAAGAUCUAUGAAUAGACCGCCUCAAAAGGCUGACCCUUGGUUUGCACAGCAUCAAUUAGAUUGUGGAGGCACAUUUAUUAAAAUCAGUGAGCCUGAAUCAUCAACCAAAAGUAAGAAGAGGAAACAGCAAAGUACUAAAAUAACAGACUAUAUUGUACUCGAUGAUGUGGAUGACAAUGAUAAUGCCAAAAAUACCAGCAGUGAUAGUAGCUUUAACAAAAAGCAGAAAUCUUAG